AUGAUAUUUAAAGGUUUAGAAAGUUUAGAAAAUAUUGUUCAGACCACUUCAAAAAUAGCUUCAUUAAAUUUUUCAAGAAAUGAUGAAUAUGUGAAUACACUAUUUUCAAGACCUGAAAAAGGAAAACAAAUAGUUCGUGAAGCUACACCUCAUGAAACAAAACUUUAUCAAGUAAUAACUUCUUCCAUUGAACCUUUUAAAAGUGAAGAAUUAAAUCAGAUUUCAUGUCAUGAUAAAGUUACUCCUAAAACAAUUGAUAAUUUACUUGGAGAAGCCAAUUCAUUGCUUAUUGAUAUUCCACAUGCUGAUGAUACAAUCAAAUCUUUGGCACAAAGAUAUGAAGAUAUAACUUCAUCAAUAGAUAAAAAAAGAAUGGAAAGGUAUGAAAUAGCAGAACAAAUAAAAAUGACAAACCCAUUUGAUAUUAAAAAAGAAGAAUUAGAAAUCCUUGAAUUGGAAAAGAUAAAAAAUGAUUAUAUUAAAAAGAUUGAUUCUGUGACAGAUGAAAUAAAUACUCACAGACAAUUGGAAUUUGAAGUGAUGAAAUUUCUGGAUGAGCAUCAUCAUUUAUCAAUGUUAAAUAUUGAUAUUAAUAUUAUCAAUGAGAUUAAUAAAAUUUUAGUAAAUAAUUAUUUAUCAAUACCUAAUCCAUCACAACAAAUAGUUCUUGCAGCAUUUGCAUUAAAAAUUAUACACGAUGCAGGAGGAGAAAUAUCACUUGCGGAACUUAAAGAAAAAAUCAUGAAUGCUAAUUUUCAAAUUCUUUAUGUUUUAGUAGCAAAGUGCUUAAUUGAUAUUGAUAGAUCUAAUGCAAAUAAUAUUGUUAGAUCUCAAUUAUUUUAUUGA